AUGCCCCCCUCAAUCCUCCUCAUAAACGGCCCCAACCUCAACCUCCUCGGCACCCGCGAACCCACCACCUACGGCACCACCACCCUCACCGACAUCGAAAGCAGCAGCAAAGCCCAUGCCGCCUCACUAGGCGCCUCGCUCAUCACCUUCCAAUCCAACCACGAAGGCGCCAUCGUCGACCGCAUCCAAGCCGCCCGCACCCACAUGGACGCCAUCAUCAUCAACCCCGGCGCCUUCACGCAUACCUCCGUCGCCAUCCGCGAUGCGCUUCUCGCGGUUGAUAUCCCCUUUGUCGAGCUGCAUGUGAGUAAUGUCCAUGCGCGGGAGCCUUGGCGUCGCCAUAGCUAUUUGAGUGAUAAGGCGGCGGGUGUCAUUGUUGGAUUGGGGGUGUUUGGGUAUAAGGUUGCGGUGGAGUAUGUGGUUGGGAAAUUUGGGGGGAAGAGGGAGGGGAGGGCGGUUUUGUGA